AUGGGAAGACUACAUAAUCUUCAACGUUUGGGUAUGUUUGAUAACACAUUGCAAGGAUACAUUCCAGAUGAGCUUUGUCAACUAGAAAACUUAUUUGAUUUGGACUUGGGUAGGAAUCAACUCUCUGGUUCUGUACCUUCUUGCUUGGGUAAUCUGACAGCAUUUAAACUUCUAUCUUUACGGUCCAAUUUGUUGAAUUCCACAAUACCAUCUACCUUGUGGGGACUUUCAGAUAUCUUGCAACUAGACUUGUCAUCCAAUUCUCUAAUUGGACCUCUAUCAGGUGCUGUUGGUAAUUUGAAAGUUGCUACAGACAUAGAUGUAUCAUACAACCAAUUAUCUGGGAGCGUACCAAGUAGCAUUGGGAGUUUAGUGAGUUUGGUCAAUCUCUCCUUAGCACAUAACAAUCUAGAAGGCCCUAUUCCUAGUUCCUUUGUUACCUGUUUAAGCUUAGUACUGUUGGAUUUAUCUCAGAACAAUCUCUCUGGAGUGAUUCCAAAGUCUCUUGAAGCACUCUCAUAUCUCAAGUAUCUGAAUCUAUCUUUCAACAUACUCCAAGGAGAAAUUCCAACCGGCGGUCCAUUCAAAAACUUCUCUGCUGAAUCAUUUGUUUCAAACCGUGGACUUCGUGGUGCAUCCCAUUUCCAAGUUCCACCAUGCAAAAGAAAAACUAGCAUAGCUAUCUUGAAGUAUGUUAUUCCGGGGAUCUUGUCAGCAAUGCUUCUAGCGACCUCCAUGAUUUGGUUGUUGAUGUUGCGUAGAAAAAAGAAUGUGAAAGCAGCCGCAAAUUCUAUCUUCACGCCUCAAGAUUUCUGAAGAAGAGUUUCACACCAAGAGCUCCUAAGUGCGACAGAUGGAUUCAAUGAAAGCAACUUACUUGGUACUGGGGGUUUUGGCUCAGUAUAUAAAGGAACAUUGUCAGAUGGGAUGGACGUUGCGAUAAAGGUUUUCAA